UAAGCCCCUUGUUAGCGAGACGGUGAUCUGCAUUCCUGUUGUUUAUCCUACGUCGAAUAAGCAACGACUCUUCUGGAUAUGCGCCUGUCCUCAACACACGACAGGCCCUUUGGGUCAUCACAGUUCUCCUCCAGACGACAACAGAGUGGUGGAACUGAUCUACCACUACGAGGAAUCCAUAUCAAUAUCAGCUCAGAUCCUUUCCAGCACCGUAUACCCCCUUACUUACAGCGACUGUGGCAAGAAAGCAAAACACGGCGACAUUUGUCCAUUUUUCGGAUCCGACUCCAGAGACGUUACCAAGAAUCAUCACCACUCGAAUUGAUGACAUUGUCUCUCGGCAUCUUCUUUGCCGGUUUAUUUCUAUUACUUCAUGUUGGCUUUUUCAGUGGGAAAAAAUACCAGGAUUGGCAACAGGAUCAUUAUGGCAGACUUGAAGAAGUAGAUUUAUUGGAGAAGAUGUAUCCUGAUGACGGUCGGGCGCUCACUACGGCUAUAUUGGUUUUCCAACCUUCAAAUCCGUCAGCCUUUCAACAUGAGGCAAAUCAAAAUAUUAAGCCUAUUCUCGAGAAGUUAUGUCAAUACGAUAUGUUUGGCACCAUAGUUGUCUGGAACAAUAAUCCAGAAGUUAAUAUCACAAAGGAGACAAUCAGUGCGCCUGGAUGUCCACCCAACAAAAUUUCCAUCCAUAAUUCACCAACCAACAUGCAUUUAUCCGCACGAUAUAUAGCCUGUGCAUCUGCAAAGACGCCAUUUUGUUAUUUCCAAGAUGACCAUGGAUCAGUACGCCAUUUACGUAGUCUAUAUGCAAACUUCCUUCGAUCACCCAGUCUUAUUCACGGAGAGUCUCGAAAUGCAAAAGACUAUGCAGACUCUCGAUGGAAGCAAUGCUUUAUUAAUGAGGUGGGAGCAGGUACCUUUGUAUCCAAAGCAAAUGUAGACUUGUUUUUGAAAAUGUCCGAAAAAGACAAAAUCGAGGAUCAAUUCAAGGACAUGUAUUUUAUGUCUUACAUAAACCAGGAACCUUAUCAGCUUCAAGGUCCAGAGAAUGAAAAAUCCAAACCAAAUGUCCUAUCAUCAACUGAGAAGCAGCACAUGCAAAAGGGCCUCAAAACGGUGUACGAGUAUUUGGAACGUGAUGUGGAUGUAUCACUAGAAGAUGAGAAUCCAAACAUGUAUAGACGCCAUGCAAGGUCGCCAUGCCAGGACGAUCGCUGUUUAUUUUUGACUAAUGUCAAUGUUUUACCUGAUGCCCGACUGUUCUCCUAUUAUCCACACAUUGACAUUAGUACUUUUGACAAAAUGCACAUAGAUUACAAUGAUGGCAGCCAAUUUAUUGCACACGCUUAUUCCAAUGCUGCUGACGGCAGUGACAAAACAUCGUGGAAGUCUCGUCAAAAUAUCAAGUCUGGAGAUUUUAUAGGUCUUGAUCUCUUGAUGCCUAUGCGUAUUCCCAUAAAGUAUCGUUUCUUAGUUCGUCAUCCUUAUAUAUACCGCAGGUCGCUUAGCCUUCAAAUAUCUUUUGAUGGCGUUAUUUGGAUUGACAUCCACCCUGCCCCUUCAAUUGAAUGUACUGUAUUCGAAGGAGAUAUUGGCGAUAAUGAUCCGUCUCUCCUAGAGUGUCGAUUUGUAAUUAGUGAAACUGGAUACCGCUUCAUCCGCCUGGAAAGCAAACACGACAUGGACUUUGCGUAUGAGGUUUAUGACUUUUCUUUCAGUGCCAGAGUCAAGAAGGAUACAAAUGGACAGAUUCUUGAUAUUGGAAUCGAUGACAAUGUUGUUUUUGUUGAAGAGCGAGAGGAAUACAAUCAUUAUUUAGAUAAUACAACCGAUCGAUAGAUGUAUAUUUUCUCUGUUAUCCCAUUCCUUAUCUUAUAGUAGCCUUUUUUGUAUUUUCUUCUCUUAGAACGAAUGUCAGUAUUUAAUUUUGUACACAC